AUGCAAAUAGACAUUAACAAGCUAAUUCAGCCUACUGAAGCUUAUGUUCCAGAAUCGUCGGAUCCUAUAGUGCAACCUUAUACUUAUAUAUCUGAAACUCCAAGCAAUAAUCAGAAUGUUAGAACUCGUUUUUUACAUGCUUUUAAUGAUUUGUUUUACAAGAUUUCUGAUGAAUCUUUGCUUACGAAAAUAAGUGAAAUUAUUUCAGUUUUCCAUAACUCUUCAUUAUUGAUAGAUGAUAUUGAAGAUGAUUCCAAAUAUCGACGCGGGGUUCCUGUGGCACAUGUGAAAUAUGGGAUCCCAUCAACGUUAAAUUGUGGUAAUCUUAUGUAUUUUGUGGCAUUACAACAAGCUCAGCAAUUAAGUGGACCGCAUGGAAGUAUGGAAAUAAAGUUCAAAUCUUCACAAAUUUUAAUUGACGAGUUGCUUAAUUUACAUCGUGGUCAAGGAUUGGAUAUUUAUUGGAGAGAUUAUUUGAAAAAACUAGAAAAGUUACCAGAUGUGGAAGAGUAUUUAGAAAUGAUUAAAGACAAAACUGGUGGGUUGUUCAGAUUAGCAAUUAAAUUAUUACUGUUGUAUUCAGACAUCAAGGAGAAUGAUCAAUUAAUAUCCCUCGCAAAUUUAAUGGGCAUUUUGUAUCAAGUUAGAGACGAUUAUUUGAAUUUAGUGGACGCUAAGUAUUCUGCGAUGAAAGGUACUAUAUGUGAAGACUUGAUAGAGGGAAAAUUAUCGUUGCCUAUAUUGCAUUGUCUAAGAACCACCAAGGAUUCACCUGUACACAAAAUACUAUAUGAUUACGACUCUAGCAGCGAUCGCAUGUCCCAAAAUACUUUAAUUGACUUGAGUUUAAGCUUUAUGAAAAAUGAGUCUAAAUCUUUGGAGUAUACAUUGAAUUUGAUUAAGGUGUUGGAAAAGAAAUUAAGACAUUUGAUUUUGAAGUAUCCUGAGCUGGAAAACUCUGCGUUAUUGAAAAUUGUCGAACGUUUAUGUGAUCUUUAA